CCAUGCAUUCUUCCUCUAACCCCCAUCUCAUCACUCUCCCCAGCACCGGGUGUCCCCACAAACCCUUCCUGCCCUGCAAGAGAUCCCCAGUUGUCUGCACAGAUUCCCCACCCCGGCACCAGUGCCUCGGAGUGAGCGUUCAGUGUGAGCCUGGAACCUUUCCGGAGCAACUGUCCUCUUCUAAGGCCUGCAGGCAAGGGGCAGGUGGCCUGGCCACAGCUCUGACUCUGCUUGCUGGCUCUGCAUCCUGGCAAUUCCCACGGCAGGAUUAAAGGCUCUCACCCUCCAGAGUGGCUUUGGGCUCUGUCUUAGCUCUUUCCUUUCAUCCUUUGCCAGACUAAGACCCAUAACAUCAGCAGUGCCUGGCUCAAGCAGAGGAGCCUUUAGAGGGGUCAAGGUGCUGGCCAGAGCCUGCAGGUGAUGUUUUCCUCCUGCCACCUGGGACCAUCAGGUGGGCUCCUUAUCAGAGUACAAGCAGAGGGAAGCUGGUUUCCUGUGGUCUUCCAAAGUGAUCUUGAAUUAGGGUUUCUUCCAGUGAGGAAUUCUGGCUUUCUAAAGAAGAGCUGCUUACUUGUUUCCCAAAUACAAAUGGGGACCAGGCAGAGAAUUUGGCCCUGGACAGUGACCCUUCUCUCCAUUUGUCUCUGCAACAGUAACUAUGACCUGAACUACAAAUUGCACAGAGAAGAUGUCCCUUACAGGGUGUAUGAAUAUCAGAGGAUUCCUCCACUUAUCAACCAGGUGCCUGCCAAGAUCCGCAGGACCCAUGUGGGCCUGGGAAUCAAGAGCAGCUGCAACCCACACAAGGCCUCCAGGAAUAGCCAUCUGGCCCCCAGGCAGAUGAAACCAGUCCCAACUGAAGAGCUGCACUCCAUCAGGAGGGCACUGAGUCAGAUCAAAGCCCAGGUGGACAGCCUGUUGGAGAGUCUUGAGCACAUGGAUCAGCAGGACGACCAGCCUGAAGGUCAGGUAUCCAAUAGGCCCAGGCCACACUCUAAGCAGGCCCAGCUUUUCCUGUUCCUGAACUUGCCAGAGCACCAAGGGUCUUGCCUUGUGCUCUCCCUGACUACAGGCCUCCCCUACCCAGAACACACCUCUCCUCCACUCCCUCUGGCUGUUCGUCUCUUGUGGCUUCUGGGUUGUCCCAUUACCUUUGCUCACUUAGCACCUCUCUAGAGCCAGAGCAGUGUCCCUACUUAUCCACCUCUUGCUCUCUGGAGUCCUAGAGGCCUGAGAUCACUGUUGGGCCCCUGAUGGAGUCAGCUAGGGCCUCCA